AUGACCGCAGCCCAGUCCUUCUGCCGGCGGAUGACCGACAAGAGCACCUGGGUCUUGCCGAAGCAAGAGAGCUGUAUCGCCCCAGAAGGCGUGUGGUCCAACAAGGACAUGGACCCCUCCCCACCUGAUCAUCGCACAUGGACAUCAGCUACAUUCUGCGUAUACUGGGCCGCGGAUAUCGUUUAUCCGGCAACAUGGGCGACGGUCGCUAGUUUCGUCACGCUCGGAUUGACGUGGUGGGAGAGUUGUCUUGCGAUCUUCCUGGGCGGAGUCUUGGUGGCUGUGGUCAUCACUGCGAACGGUAUCGUCGGCGCUACGGUCCACACUCCGUUCGCAGUCACCUCCCGCUCGACAUUCGGAUACUGGGGCAGCAAAUUCGUCGUAUUCAGCAGAAUGAUCAUUGCCUGCUUUUGGCUUUCGAUCAACUCGUGGUCGGGAGGUAUCUUCGUCUCCCUCAUGAUCCAGGCUAUAUGGCCACAGUAUGCCAAUCUACCGAAUACCAUUCCGGUAGGACAGGGUGCUACUACCCGAGAUUUCCUCAGCUUCUUCCUCUUCUGGCUCAUGCAGCUUCCUUUCAUCUUCAUCCACCCCUCCAAGCUGGCCUGGCUAUUCAACGCGAAAGCACUGCUGGUACCGAUCGUCUGCUUCGGUACUCUGAUCUGGGCCGUCAAGAUUGCCGGCUCAGAGACCUCUACCGCACUCAGCCAGCUCUCGAAUCGCGCAGCUCCUGGUGCGCCCCGGUUCAUCGCGUUCUGCUAUGCUGUCACCGCUGCUCAAGGUACCUGGGCGACUCUCAGCGUCAACAUUGGUGACUUCAGCCGAUACUGUCGCCGGCCCCAAGCAGCCUAUAUUCAACUCAUCGCCAUGCCGACAAUCUACGCCUUGAUGGGUAUCUUCGCCUCCAUCUCUGCUGCCUGCUGCUAUGUCGUCUACGGCGAGGCGCUGUACCAGCCCUACGAGAUCUGCGCGAAAUGGGGAACGAGCGCGGGUGGACGGGCUGCCAUGUUCCUCGGGAGCCUGAUCUGGGCUCUGAGCAACGUCACGACCAACAUCACCGCUAAUUCCAUCUCUGCCGCGAAUGACCUGACGAGUCUUGCGCCCAAGUAUAUCGAUAUCAGACGGGGCCAGAUGAUAGCUGUAACAGUCGGCGUCUGGGGCUUUGCACCUUGGAAGGUUCUCAACUCUGCGUCCAACUUCCUCACCUUCAUGGCCUCCUACUCGAUCGUUCUGGCUCCUAUAGCCGCCCUAAUGGCCUUCGACUUCUUCAUCAUCAAGCGCGGCAAGAUUAACAUCUACGAGCUGUACAAGCCGCACGGAAUCUAUCGAUUCUCAGAAGGCUGGAACUGGCGCGCGUAUAUCGCGCUGCUCGUGGCCGUUGUGCCCAAUUUGCCCGGGAUGAUCAACGCUAUCGAGCCUAGGGUACAAAUUGGCGAUAUCCGGUACAUCUACAUGCUCUCCAACCUAUGCGGCGACGCCAUCGCCCUUAUCAUCUACUAUGCGCUCAACCGAUUCUUGCCGGCUCGAGAGGCACAGGUCGUUGAGGCAGUACAUGAUGUCAGGGAGUACGACAUUGCGCCUGGGUCGGAGGAGAGCAGUGUUGCGGGAGAAAGGGGAGAAGGGAUGUUUGGACUGGGAGCGGCAGGAGGGGAGAAGGACGCGGCGCGAACGGAGGUGCCUGGUCCAAACGAGAAGAACUGA